AUGGUAAAACUGCUCAGGUUAAUGCUUGUUUAUUGGUUAAAUGGUUCUCAGGUUGAAGCGUCAACUGAGUAUGUUUACACAGUGAAUGAUGGACCGAUAUUGAAGAAUAAAAAUUUGACUGUUGAUGCAUAUUGUUCGGAAUUAUUCAAGCCGGAAACAGUUGUGAACACAUAUGAUGUUCCAGUUGAUCCUCUUCUCGAUGAGACCGAGUGGAAUGUUCCUAAAAGUAUAUCAGAUGAAGUUGUUAUGCCACCGAUCUAUAAAAGACCCCCUGGGAGGCCAAAAAAGAAGAGGGACAAGCCAUUACAGGAGUUGAUGAUUGGUAAACGCAGGAAUUCUUGCGGUAAAUGUGGACGUCUUGGUCAUAACAGGCGUUCGUGUGAUAAUCCGCCACUCAAUAAGAAGAAUAAAUAA